AUGGUUCGCAUUUUCAAGAAGCUGAACGGUUCUUUCAAUGCCGAGGUGAAACGUUUGUGGCGAAAGGAGCGUCCCAACCCUACGCCAAAGCCAAUUCCUUUUGGCGUGAAAUUAUUUAAAUCGAGUCUCUCGGCGACAUUCAGCCGUCAGUCGGCCGAAUUUAUUGCAAAAAGCCAGAAAGGGCAAGCAAUUUAUGAAUAUGUACGAGAUGCUCGGACAGGAAAUUGCCCUGACGAGUCGUUUUGGGUUACGGUAACCGGAAAUCAGGGCAUAAUCGACAUGCCGGGAGGUUUCAACGGGACGAAAUUCUUGAAAAUGACUAAAAAAGCUCAGCAUAAAAGAAAAUUACGGACAGGAAUAGACGCAGAAAAGUCGGAUUACUAUAUUUCGCGAUAUCAGUUGUGGCGUAACCACUGGAGAGAAAACUGCACUGGUAGGUUAGUGUCCGAUUCUUGUGCAUUUGGUGUUCGAGAUAUCGUCUGGCUACUCAAAAAACCACAUCUUGUGGCACACAAAUUUCACUUCAAAACACAACCCGCUGCUUAUUUUUGUAUUUAUAAAAAAGUGCGAGAGCGGGCUUUGGACAACAACUGGACGUUCGAUGAUAAAAUGUAUGGUGACUUACCUGGACCACGGAUGACCCGAGGCCAAAGUGUUCAGGAGUGGUUUGAUAAGAAUGCUAGCUAG